ACAUAGGAGCUCUCCCAUGGAAACCAAACAGGUGCGGCACCUACGCCAGGUGUAUUUGACUAUCAAAUAGCAGAGAGGCACUCUUCAGUCUUUACCAAACAGAGAAAACAGCAGAAAAGAGGAAUCAGACCAAAUUCACAGGAGGUUCCUGUCUCAUAAGCAAAUCUGAUCCGAACAAAACCUCUCCUGUUGAUUUCAGGGUGAUUUUUACACCGACAGCCCGAUGACAGCCGACAGAAGAUGAACUGGGGAUUUCUGGAGAACGUGUUGAGCGGAGUGAACAAAUACUCGACAGUCAUCGGACGGGUUUGGCUCUCCAUCCUCUUCGUGUUCCGGAUCCUGGUGUUCGUGGCCGCCGCCGAGCAGGUGUGGAAGGAUGAGUUUAAAGAGUUCGUGUGUAACACACAGCAGCCGGGCUGCGAGCAGGUCUGCUUCGACCAUUUCUUCCCCAUCUCUCAGGUGAGACUGUGGGCUAUUCAGCUGAUCACGGUCUCCACACCGUCGCUGUUGGUGGCGCUGCACGUGGCUUACCGAGAACACCGCGAGAGCAAACACAAGAGGCGACUGUACCAGAGCACGAGCAGCAUAGACGGAGGUUUGCUCUUCACCUACAUCAUGAGUUUGGUCCUUAAAACCUCAUUCGAGGUGGGGACUCUACUCGCUUUCUAUUUCCUGUACAGCGGCUUUAACGUCCCCCGAUUACUUCAGUGUGAGGAGAGCCCCUGCCCCAAUACUGUGGAUUGCUACAUUUCUAAAGCCACGGAGAAAAAAAUCUUUCUUUAUAUUAUGGGAUGCACAUCUAUACUCUGCAUCGUACUGAACGUGGUGGAGAUGCUGUACAUUAUAUCUAAACAGUGUUGGAAGUGUUUCAGUAGAAAGUACAUUUCUGUGAACGAAAAAGUCGUCGGUCGCAGUCGACCUCCGUCUGUGAUGACUGUUGGUUCAGCCGCCCCAAAGCUUUUAUCAACAUCUAAUGAUGGUGGCCUUCAUUCAGCAUCGGCAGAGAAAGAAAACCCAACCUUUAAUGCCACAUGAAAUAUCUGUUGGGAAUAUUUUCAGUGAAAUGUGGCUACGUCACAGUGGAUUAUUUAAACCAGGAAAAAUAAAGUGUUAACAAUUCCAAAAUAAAUAACUUUGUCAAAGACUUAA